ACAUGAAUACAAUAAUCACACAAUCACCCCAUAUAUUUCACACUCGAGUCUUCCACUCUCACCCCCCAACACAACAAACCCAUCCAACUCUCUCAACUAAUUUCCCAAGAUCUAGAUGGCCCCUACUCUAGUAGCUAACGGCGGCGAUAUCUCCGCCGCGAAACCCGCCGUCACCGGCCGCAUCGCCACCGUGUACAGCGAAGUGCAGAACAGCAGAUUGGAUCACGCUCUGCCACUCCCCGCGGUUAUCAAAAACUCAUUCAGUGUCAUCGAAGGCCCCGCCAGCUCCGCCGCCGGCAAUCCAGAUGAAAUUGCGAAGUUGUUUCCAUGCCUGUUCGGACAGCCUUCUGCAGUUUUGGUGCCCGGUGACGGGAAGGGAUUGUUGUCAGGUCAAAACUUGAAGAUUGGUGUCGUGCUAUCAGGAGGCCAAGCUCCUGGAGGACAUAAUGUCAUUUCGGGAAUUUAUGACUACUUGCAGGAUCGUUGCAAAGGGAGCACCUUGUAUGGAUUCAAUGGUGGUCCGGCUGGGAUCAUGAAGUGUAAAUAUGUGACAUUGACCUCAGAAUAUAUCUACCCAUACAGAAAUCAGGGUGGAUUUGAUAUGAUUUGCAGCGGGAGGGAUAAGAUUGAGUCCCCUGAACAGUUUAAGCAAGCUCAAGAGACAGCAAAAAAGCUUGAUCUUGAUGGGCUUGUUGUGAUUGGUGGGGAUGACUCAAACACAAAUGCUUGCCUUCUUGCUGAAAACUUCAGGAGUAACAAUCUGAAGACCCGAGUGAUUGGAUGCCCAAAGACUAUUGAUGGUGACUUGAAAUGCAAAGAGGUUCCCACCAGUUUCGGGUUUGACACUGCUUGCAAGAUUUAUGCUGAAAUGAUCGGAAAUGUCAUGACGGAUGCUCGCUCCACAGGAAAAUAUUAUCAUUUUGUGCGACUUAUGGGCCGCGCUGCGUCCCACAUUACAUUGGAGUGUGCCCUGCAGACUCAUCCAAACAUCACUCUUGUUGGAGAAGAGGUUGCCUCUAAGAAGGAAACCUUAAAGAAUGUCACAGACUACAUUGCUGAUGUAGUUUGUAAACGUGGAGAACUUGGAUAUAACUAUGGUGUGAUACUAGUACCUGAAGGACUUAUUGAUUUUAUUCCUGAGGUGCAGCACCUCAUUGCAGAACUGAAUGAAAUUCUGGCCAGUGAUGUUGUAGAUGAAGGUGGUCUCUGGAAAAAGAAACUCGCGCCCCAAACACUAGAGCUAUUUGAAUUACUACCUCCCGCAAUUCAAGAUCAAUUGAUGCUUGAAAGGGACCCUCACGGGAAUGUCCAGGUUGCAAAAAUUGAAACAGAGAAAAUGCUUAUCCAAAUGGUUGAGACUGAAUUGGAGCAGCGGAAACAGGCUGGUUUAUAUAAGGGCCAAUUCAAAGGACAAUCACAUUUUUUCGGUUAUGAAGGAAGGUGUGGUUUACCAUCUAAUUUUGAUGCUACAUACUGUUAUGCAUUGGGUUAUGGUGCUGGAGCAUUACUUCAUAGUGGAAAGACUGGAUUAAUAUCAUCGGUUGGAAAUUUGGCUGCUCCUGUUGAAGAAUGGACAGUUGGUGGUACUGCAUUGACUUCUUUGAUGGAUGUCGAGAGGAGACAUGGAAAAUUCAAGCCAGUGAUUAAGAAGGCAAUGGUGGAGCUUGAUGGUGCACCAUUCAAAAAAUUUGCUUCGCUUCGUGAAGAAUGGGCCCGAACAAAUUGUUACAUUAGUCCAGGUCCCAUUCAGUUUGUUGGACAAGGAUCUGAUAAAGUUAAUCACACCUUAUUGCUGGAGCUAGGUGUUGAAAUAUAAUUUUGUUUCUGUUUUUUUUUGUUGUGGGAAAAUUGCAAUGUUAUUCAACUCUAGUAAACAGUGAUUUGAGAUAUUUCCUAAAGAAUAAUUUCUUCCUAGUUAUUAGACUUUUAAUAUCCAUUACUUUUUAUGCA